GUCUUCUGUUUAAGGAUGCGUCUUGUAAAUCUGUUCUUAUGGACCAUGUCCAUGUUCCACCUCGUUUACCUGAGAAGUGAACGAAAAAGGGACCAUUUGCGUAUUGACUCAACACCAAAGUUUGUUCUUCUAGCUCCAAAGGUUUUCAAAGUAGGAAAUGAAGAAAAUGUUCUACUAGAGGCAAUCGGACUGUCAGAACCUGUCACUGUUUCUAUAACAGCACAUAAUUACCCAACCAGAAACACCUUACUGUGGCAAGGAACAAUUACCCUCAACUUUGAUAAUAACUACAGUGCACUCAAAACCCUUAAGAUUAAUCCGAGCUUACUUCAGCCAGAAAAGGAACACAUCAAUUAUUUACAGUUCGUUGCUAGUUUUGGACAGUUACAAGAACUAAAGUUCAUCAGUAAAGUUUCCUUUCAUGCUGGUUAUAUCUUCAUCCAGACUGACAAACCCGUCUACAAUCCAGGGGAUCGAGUGCGUUGCCGAGUGUUUGUUUCCACUCCUGAGUUUCAGGCUCACAACGGGACCAUUUCUGUGGAUAUUCAGAACCCAGAUGGCAUAGCAGUGUAUGCUUCCCCCAGAGUCCGAGCUGUAGAUGGCAUUUACUCAGACAUUUACACACUCUCCGACAUUGUUAAGGAGGGAAAAUGGAAGAUUGUUGCCAAGUUCGACAGCUGGAAAGAGAAUACGUUCAGUGCAGACUUUGAAGUUAAGAAGUAUGUUCUCCCUGCAUUUAAUGCCACACUGAUACCAAAAAAGGCUCAUUUCAGUCUGGAGGACCAUGAGUUGGUGGUGGAGGUGCAUGCCAGGUAUCUGUAUGGUGAGAAAGUUGAAGGUGUGGCAUAUGUGGUGUUUGGAGUGGAGUUGAAUGGGCAGAAAGUAAGACUGUCAUCCAUGAAGCAAGUGAAAAAUUUAGAUGGUGGCACUGUUAGUCUGAGCAUUGCUGAGAUUAAGAGCACUUACCCUGACAUUAACAGCUUAGUGGGCUCGUCCAUAUAUGUCAAAGCUUCUGUCAUGACCAGUACAGGAAGCGACCUGGUGGAGACGGAAAAGUCUGGCAUCAAGAUUGUUUUAGCUCCCUACCUACUUGCCAUAAAAAGCACACACAAGUUUUAUAAAGCAGGCCUGCCCUACGACAUGACGGUUAUGGUUAGUCACCACGACGGCUCCCCUGCUCCUAACAUUCCAGUUAAAAUCACCUUCUUAUCUGCACCCAUCACAGCACACAGUGGCACCUUCAGCGUUUCCUUAAACAUGCCAUACAACCUGGACGUCAGGAGAAUAACGGCAGAGACGGUGGUACCAGAAUUGACAGCAGAGAAGCAGACAAAGCUGGAUUGGUCGGUGCAGGCAUACCAACCAUUCAACUUUCAUCAGAUGAACUUCCUUUAUAUCAGCGUGGAUAAGAAGAAACAGAGAGUGGGAGAGACCUUAAAUUUAAAACUGCACAUCAACACCUUCUCCCAUUAUGAGAAGAACCUCUUGAAGCAUGUUUCAUACACUGUGCUGAGCAAAGGAAAGAUCAUCCGCGGUGGGAGGGUAACCGUAACAGGACAGGAUGUGAUUAACUUACCCCUGCUGGUGACUGCAGAGAUGGUGCCAGCCUUCCGUGUUGUGGCCUACUACAUUUUUCCCUGGAAACAUAAUAUGGAGUUGGUGUCCGAUUCCAUUUUGGUGGAGAUGGAGAGUCAGUGUGUGGGAUCGCUUGAGGUUGGACUAUUCAGGGGUGAGGCAAUUAACUCGUAUUCACCAGGUGACAGCUUUAGCUUUCAAGUUAGGGGUGACCCGGGGGCAAAGGUCAGCCUGGUCGCUGUGGACAACUCAGUUUUUCUACUGAGCAAGAGCCAUCUGACACAGAAGAAGAUGUGGAACACGCUCCUCCAGGGGGAUGGGGGCUGCUCUUCAGGAGGAGGGGAGAACAGCCUAAAAGUGUUCAUGAAUGCAGGACUGAGCUUUCACUCCAGUUUCUUGUCAAACAUGGAGAUUAAUGAAUCACCAUGCUCCAGGCAGACCAGAAAGAGGCGCUCUGAUGAACAAAUGCAGAUCCGAGCCCAGCUCGAGAAAACCUAUGCUGAUGAGUAUCUGCAGCGCUGCUGUAAUGAUGGUAUGAGAGAGAUCCCCAUGCCGUAUUCCUGCCGCCGCCGUGCCCUCUACAUCACAGAGCCCUGGAGCUGUGUUCUGGCUUUCCUGCAGUGCUGUGCUCAUUACAGAGGAGAGGUGCUGGGGGUUGUCACACCCCCUCCACCAACCACCCCAGAGCCCCUUACCACCACCACCACUUCACCUGUAUUUGACCACAUAUUACGCCGCCAGUAUAGUCUUUCACGUAAACAGGCACAAAUAGAACAUCCACAAUUAACAGGUAUGUCAGUGGUCAUGAGAAGUCCUCCCAUUCAUACUGCUAGAAUUGUUCCAUUACUCUCCAAACUCCCUAAUUCCUUCGUCCAUGGAGACUCUAAAACCAUGCCUCUUAUGGAAUUGGAUGAAGAGGACUGCGAGGAUCUCGAUGAUAUUUACAUUCGCACCAAGUUCUUUGAAUCGUGGCUGUGGACAGACGUUCAGCUUCCUUCAAAGGCCGGAUCAGAUGGGUUGGCAGUUGCCCCGGUGGACACGGUUCUGCCCGACAGCAUUACACAAUGGGGCAUUUUGGGUAUUAGUGCCUCAUCUAAGACAGGUUUUUGUGUUGCUGAGCCGUUUAAUGUGCGAUCGUGGAAGCCGUUCUUUGUCGACCUGCGUCUCCCUCGUACUGCAGCAAGAAAUGAGCAUGUGGAGAUCAAAGUCGUGGUGCACAACCAUCUGAACGAGAACCUGCAGGUGCUGGUGGUCCUAGCAAGGACAGAGGACAUGUGCAGUGCAGCAUUUUCUGAGGACCAUAAGCAGCAAGUUUUGGUAGGAGCACGAUCCUCUAUCUUCCUCCAUUACAUUGUGAUCCCACUCCGAGCAGGAGAGCUCCCCCUGCAGGUCACCGCAUACUCUCGCCACAUGACUGGACAAGACGCAAUUCGCAAACCACUCCGUGUGGUGGUGGAAGGUGUACAGAAGAUGGAUGUGAGGAGCUUUGUGUUGAACCCCACUGAACAGGGAGAUGCUGAGGGAAAUCAGGUGUUCAGGGUGAAAAAAGCAAAACUGAACUCGGUGGUUCCAAACUCCAGUCCAGAAACGUUUGUCAAUGUUAGAGGUAAUCUGCUGGCUGAUAGUAUUGAUAACUGCAUUAGUAAAGACUCACUGGCGGCACUGAUCCGGAUGCCCGGCGGCUGUGUGGAACAGAACUUGGCGAGCAUCACACUGCCCCUCAUUGCUGCCCACUAUCUGGAUGGUAGUAAGCAGUGGGAGAUUGUGGGCAUCCAGCGUAGAGAACAGGCUUUUCAGUACAUCAAGAGGGGUUAUGAGAACCAGCUUUACUAUCGUAAACAGGACAAUUCGUACCCACCAUAUCGUAAUGAAGGAACGAGCACCUGGAUUACAGCGUUUGUGGUGAAGGUCUUUUCCAUGGCUCUGCGUUUCAUUUCUGUCGAUGAGCAGCACAUCUGUGGCCCUUUGCUCUACCUGCUCAAGAACAAACAACUAUUUUCUGGUGCCUUUAAGGAGGACAACCCAGUUUACAGCACCUCCAUGACGGGAGGGCUGCAGGGAGCUGAAUCUAGGGAGACACUUACAGCGUUUGUACUGAUCGCACUGGCUGAAGCUCAGAGCGAGGUUACCUGCAGUCAACUGAAUGUAGAGGUAGAUUUUAGGAGAGCAGGAUCAUACCUGAAGGCACGAUACCACAGGCUGAGCAGGCCGUAUUCUGUAGCUAUAGCAUGUUACGCUCUAGCCAUGAGUAACCAGGGCUGCAUGAAGAGUGUUCUGCUAAAAUCAGCUUCACCAGAUCAUACACACUGGCCGGAUGCAAAUAACUGGUUCUUCACACUGGAGGCGACAGGUUACGCCCUGCUAGCUCUGCUUAAAGGCGGCCAUAUUGAGGAGGCAACCGCUCCCUUCAAGUGGCUGAAUAAGCAGCGUGGGGUCGGGGGAGGAUAUGGAAACACACAGUCCACCAUGGUGGUGCUGCAGGCUCUCUCUGAGUAUCUAAUGAAGAGACCUCCUCCAUCCGACAUGAACCUGCAGGUGGCGCUCAGCGUUCCCGGGCGCUCGGACAUGCGCUGGGCUUUCACACCCCGACUGGCUCAUGUGGCACGUUCAGUUCGGGUGCCUCUGGAUCAGGACUUUUCUGUGGUUGCUUUAGGAAAUGGACAAGGAAUUCUGGAGGUGGUCACUGUGUAUAACCAGUUACCUGAUGUUCAUGAGAGGAGCUCCUGUAACGGCUUUGAUCUGAAUGUUUCCAUCAGCGAGACCAAUGAUAAACCUCCUGCAGAUGUAGAGAAGGUGUUUAAGCUCAGCAUCAGUGUGAGAGCUCUGGCAGAGCAUCAGGUGCGCAUGGUGGUUCUGGAUAUCAGCCUGCCAACAGGUUUCGAACCGGAAACCUCUGAUCUGGAGCAGCUAACCAACACAGUGGAUCGCUACAUUAACAACUUCCAGGUGGUGGAUAACCUUAGCGAUCGAGGCUCCCUCAUCAUCCACCUGUUUAAGGUGCCUAAUAAAGAAGCUGAUCUGAUCCCAUUCAGGCUGUACCAGAAGUUUAAAGUUGGUUUACUGCAGCCGUCUACAGUUACUGUAUAUCAGUACUACAAUAAAGAUAAACAGUGCUGCAGGUUCUACACACCACCAGAAGAUAAAGAGCAGCUCAGUCAGAUCUGUAAGGAUAAUAUAUGUAGAUGCACUCAGGGCGACUGCACAGUCAUGAAGUUGAACGAUAAGCCAAUCACAGUUAGUGAGAGAAAGAGAGCAGCAUGCAGCGGAACUCACCACGUGUUUAAGGUACGAGUGAUGAGCGCCAGUACCAGUCAGUACGAUCGAUAUGAGCUGGAGAUCCUACAGGUAAUCAAAGAGGGUUCUGAGGUUGGUCUAAAACCAAAGGAGAGGAGGGUGUUUCUCUCUCAUGCCAGCUGUAGGGCGGGUCUUAACCUGAUUGAGCAGUGGGACUACCUCAUCAUCGGCCCAUCCUCUGACGUGUGGCCGGUUGGCAGCAGUAACGAGGGGUACACCUACACAAUGGGAAAGCAGACAUGGGUGGAGUCCUGGCCCUCAUCAGAUGACUGUGUUGGUGUGGUGGAGGAGAAAUGUUCACAACUAAACAAGUUUGCUACUGAACUGCUCAACACAGGCUGUCACACAUGAUACACACACACACACACACACACCAAAGCACACACACGCCAAAGCACACAGUGUGUCCAUUACCAGGUACUCUUCACUGGCCAGUUGUGAUCAGUAAGUAGGAUUACAUCUGGGGAAAUUUGUCUCCACCCACAGACUCUUCAAACGUUGCCCCUGUUUAAUACUAGUUAGUUUUAACUAUAUGUAGUAAACUUGUUUCAUGUUUGAUUAUUAAAUCUAAAUAAAAGCAUAAUAUUA